AUGUUGCUGACGAUACAACUCCAGAAGGGAAAUGAGAUUCAAAAAGCUGAGAUCUGCGAUAUAUCGAUUAGCCGCGAUCAAUUCAACGCCGUUGUUGAAAACCCUGCUAGUCGUAGUGUGGCGGAGCAACCUCCGGUGAUGCAGACUCUUAUGGAUUUCGAGAAUGGUCUUAUUGGCUGGGAUGGCGAGCGUGACCCGGAGAACCCCUUGAACUUCACGUCUGCAAAGAAGUGGCUGAUCACCAUCAUACUAUCAGCCAUUGGGUUUAUGACUCCAUUUGCCUCAUCCAUCAUAGCCCCCGCGAUAUCUUUUAUUCAGAAGGACUUUGGGGUCAACGAUCUGACCAAGAGUGCCCUUCCAGUGAGCAUUUUUUUGUUAGGUUAUGCAGUGGGACCUCUAUUUCUAUCACCAUUGUCCGAGAUAUAUGGCCGCUACAUCAUCAUAACUCUUGCCAGUGCCUUUUUCUGUGUGUGGCUGAUUGGUUGUGCUCUUGCUCCUUCAUUGAACACACUCAUUCUCUUUCGCUUUCUGUGCGGUGUCGGCGGUUCGGCUUCUCAAACUAUUGGAGGGGCCACGAUAGCAGAUCUUUUCCCUGUUCAUGAGCGUGGCCGAGCUUUGGGCAUCUGGUCACUUGGGCCGAUCCUAGGGCCUUCUUGUGCACCUGUCAUUGGUGGAUUUGUUGCUGAGUCGAUAGGGUGGCGGUGGGCUAAUUGGAUCACUCUGAUUCCUACCUUUCUCAUAGUGGUAGCCAUGGCUAUUUUCAACUGUGAAACCAAUCACCGGGUCUUGAUCGAACGGAAGACAGCCAGAACACGCCAGCAGCUUGGCCGACCCGAGCUUCAGAGUUGUUUCGCCGAUCCAAAGAUUCCUCGCUUGUCGAAAGAGGAUAUAAUCCUUGGAGGUCUAAUCAGACCUCUAAGAUUGCUUUUUGGUUCUGCUAUCGUGUUUGGCAUAUCUCUUUAUAUCGCAUUUGCAUAUGGGUGUCUCUAUCUUCUAUUCAACACCAUCCCCAUUGUCUUCCAGGACCACUAUGGUUGGUCUAUUGGCAUUACAGGCAUCGUAUACCUAGCCCUUUUGAUUGGAUAUAUCAUCGGCCUGGUCAUCUUUUUGACCAUGUCUGACAAGACUAUAGUCCGUAUGACUGAGGCCAAUGGUGGGGUAUACGAACCUGAGAUGCGGCUUCCUGUUUGCAUUUAUUUCGCUUGUCUACUACCGAUUGCCUUCUUUUGGUACGGCUGGAGCAGCGAGAAAGGCAGUCUUUGGAUCGUACCGGUCCUUGGGCUUGUGGUAUUUGGUAUCGGGUUUGAGUGCAUCUGGCUGCCGACUCAGGCAUUUAUUGUCGAUGCGUACCCUCAGUGCGCUGCUAGUGCCCUCGCUGCUUUCUCAGUAAUGCGAAGUGUAGUUGCUGCAUUUCUUCCCUUAGCUGGACCGCAAAUGUACCACGCCUUGGGGCUUGGUUGGGGAAAUACUGUUUUGGGGUUGAUAGCUUUAGCACUUGUACCGGUUCCUUUAGUUAUCUACAAAUUUGGCAAAACCAUCAGGAAGCACGAGCGGUGGAAGCUAUAG